AUGGAAUGUAAAAUUGGGUCUGUAGUUAUCAAGGCCCCCAGAGCAGUUGCGAUUCCUUACCUCAGCAGUAACGACGAAGCCGCGGGUCCCUCACGGGUCGUCCCCCUUUGUGAGCUUCCUCAAAAGUUUCCUGCUCUGCUGGGGAGCUCCAGCAGCAGCAGCCAGAUAGAUAGCAAGGCUGUGCUGACCAGCAAGGACCUUGGCACCAGCACCCUUUGUAUUGCUGAGAGCCACCUGACUUGGUCAAAUGGCUCUGGAUUAGGAUUCUCGAUGGACUACCCCAUCAUUAGUUUGCAUGUGGUAUCCAGGGACUUAAACGCCUAUCCACAGGAGCAUUUGUAUGUUUGGGUGAAUGCCAAAUAUGGAGAAGAAUCCAAAGAAUCUGUUGAAGGAGGAGGAGGAGGAGAAGUAAGAGAAGAAAAGGGAGGAAGAGAAGAAGGCAGCGAUGAUGAUAUUGAACCUAUUGCUCAAUUUAGAUUUGUGCUUAGUGGUAAACCAACACUGGAGGCAAUAUUCGCUGCUGCACUGUGGGAAUGCCAGGCUUUGCAUCCAGAUCCUGAGGAUGAAGACUCAGAUGACUACCAUGGAGAAGAGUAUGAUUUGGAAGCACAUGAGGGGAUAGAGGUCAGUACUGCCCCAGCAGUUGCUGGUCAGUUUGAAUAUGCAGCUGUUGAUCUCUGA